AUCUCCAUUUUCAUCAUCAACCAAACAAUACCACGUACAAAAUCUUCCUUCCCUUAACCUACCUACAUUACUCUCUCUCUCUCAUCUCUCUGUUGUAUUAUUAUUGAAAGAGAUCAGAAGAGGGUUUAUAAAUUUGAUCAUAGUUUUAGUUUAUAUUUUGGGGAUCAGAAGCGUUGCAUCGAUCGGUAGGACGUGGACAGAAGAAGGGGAAGAAGAUGGGAGUUGAAGGGACAAUUGAUUACAUAGCUGAUCUGAUCAGCAGCACAAAGAAGAAGAAGAAGAAGCAGCUCAACACUGUGUCUCUCAAGGUUAGGAUGGACUGUGAGGGCUGUGGCCAGAGAAUUAAGAAUGUCCUCUCUGGCCUCAAAGGAGCAAAAUCAGUGGACGUGGACUGGAAAAUUCAGAAGGCAACAGUGUACGGUUUUGUGGAUGCUAAGAAAGUGCUCAAGGCAGCUCAGGCAACUGGGAAGAAAGCUGAGCCGUGGCCUUAUGUGCCCUACGAACUCAUCGCCCACCCCUACGCCUCCGGCGUCUACGACAAGAAGGCGCCGCCCAAUCUUGUCCGUGGCACCGACGAGCCAGGCGUCGCCACUCUCAACCCUGUCGAGGAGAAGUACUCUCUCAUGUUCAGUGACGACAAUCCACAUGCUUGCUCUAUCAUGUAGAUCUAUUUGCAUCGUAAAUGAAAACCAUUCGUGCUCGAACUCAAUAUAUAUACGUACGAUGGUUGUUAUGUUA